AUGGAAAUCGAUGGCAAAACGAACCUUCUUCUUCUAUUUGGAUUUUAUCUUCUUCUCUCUUUGAUUGCUUCAUCUGAUUCAUCGCUUCAGUAUGACUAUUAUCGACAAUCCUGCCCUGAAGCGAACCAGAUUAUUAAAUCAACUCUACGCCGGAUCUACGAUCGAAAUUCGAGUGCUGCUCCAGCUAUUCUUCGCCUGGUUUUUCACGAUUGUUUUGUACAGGGAUGCGAUGCCUCGGUACUUUUGGAUCCCACAGAAAUAAUGGGAAGCGAGAAAGACACUCCACCGAAUCAAUCUCUGAAAGGAUUUGAACACCUUGACAUCAUCAAAGCCGAAUUAGAAAAUGCAUGCCCUGGUGUUGUUUCUUGUGCUGAUCUUCUUGUGUUGGCUGCUCGUGAGAGUGUGAUUCUAGCUGGUGGACCAUUUUAUCCAGUUCACACAGGUAGAAAAGACAGCAGUCGAUCUUUCCCUCAACUCUCAUACGAGCUUCCUAGUCCCUUAGAUGAUCUUUCCACAAACAUUGCAAGAUUCGCAACAAGAGGUUUCACUGACAAAGAAACAGUCACUCUUUUAGGUGCUCAUAGUACUGGAAUGAUUCACUGCAAGUUCUUCGAAAAAAAGACUAUACAACUUCGGUGGAACAGAUAA